AGUACAAUAAUGACAGAGGCGGUCUGUUUACUGUUUACUUAUCAGUUUAUCCUGUACCGAAUUCUCAAAACGCCCCCACGUUUUUGGUGUCUUGGCUUGUCAAAACGCGAUUCAUUCACACGGUAGUGUUCGCCACAGACUCUCGUGGCCCGUCGUCUACCGUGCAGUUGUUCUUUUUUAUCUGCGUUGCAGGCGUAUGAUAGACUGCGGUGGAUUUUGCGCGGAGACGAAUAGUCAAGGAUGUAAGCGGUUCUGUGUUCCACUAUCCAUUGCCUGUUCAAUUAUCAACUCACCGACAGAGGUUCAGGCGCCUUCAACCGAUUCGAGCUUGGGUGGAAGCUCCUCCGAGUCUGUCAAACCUUGCGCUUCCGGCUUUUAUGAUAGCAGCUCAGCGCCGCGUCAUCAGCUAGGGAAGUAAGUCCCUUUUUUGUCGAUCAGGUUGUGGUCCACCGUCUCGAAUCGGUCUCCCCGAGCUUCCGCUAGGCGCGUGUUUCCGGUUGACCGCCAUCACCGUUAAAAGAGGUGUCAGGCACUCUUGGUAUCACUACGUGUAGUGGUUCCAACGUCGUCAGAUCUACUUGGUAUUAUUUCGUCUGGUCUAACCGGAUGGCGAGACAGGCGAUCAUUUUGGAUGGUGGCAGUGGUAGGAGAUCACCCUCUGAGCGGGAGUCAAGGGAUAGACGACCACAGUUAGUUACUGUGGCUGCUGCAUUGGCACUUCUAGGGUUAGCCGCAUUUCUGGGCGCAAAGCGUUUGACGCUUCCUGAAGAGAAUGGAAAAAGGCUCACAGUGUACCGACGUUUCAGCCGUUUUAUAGAUGAUCAUCGCCGUCAUCCGAGAUCGCAGCACGCCAUUGAUGGUUUCGUUAGUGAUCAAGGAGACUCUUUAUUAGGCGAUGCGGAUCCUGCAAAUGAACACCUUCCGACAGAGCAGCCUCUUUCAAGCGUGUCAGCCAGGUCUGAACUGGAUGCAGUUGGUACAGUUGACGUCCCUGAAGGCCUUGACCCACAUGAAGGAAGCGCACAAAAACAGCGUCGGACGAAAGAGUCGGAAUCAGAAGGCACAGCCGCAUCUACAUUUGCAGCUACGCUUGAGCGACGGGGACCCCCUGAUAAGUGGCGCCUUCCUCAUGAUGUGCUGACAACCGAAAGUCAGCUCAUGCCUGUGGGCGCCCUCGGGGAGACGAGGGAUUUCCCAACGGGGACUCAGGGAAGACGACGUCCACUUUUGUUUUAUCUCCUUGUGACCCUGGCAGGCGCACGAAGUUUGAAGCAUGUUUUGCACCUGGAGGGUGGCACUGAUCCUGCCGCACCGUCAGGUCCGUCCCCUCUGGCUGAAAUAGAAUCGGAGAUUCCUCCUGUUACGUUGCCUGAAUUCACGACAGUUGGUGGGCUGGUGCCUGCGGAAACAACGUUUUUUGUCCCGCCGCUCGACAUUCCGCCUUCAGAGACCCCUCCAAGUUAAGGUGAAGGUGAAGGCUCUGACAGUUUCUACGCUGGUUGCAUCUGGCAUGGAUGCUAAUCGGCUUUUACGAAGGGCAAGUGCGCCGUGACUGGAAGGGGGAGGGUCUGAACGUGUGCAGUCUGCGUCCGCGCAGCAGUGAGAUAUUCUCAGGGAAGUGACUGACGAGAGCUGUGCCGCGUGGGGUACCACUUUCAAUGUGGCGAACGAGCGAGUUGGAGCAGCUGUGCGAGCGGAAGUUUACGAUAGCCACUGAGUGAGUGAGACGAGCAGGAUUCUCAUCAGUUUCCCGCGAUGGUCUCACUAGGGAACUGCGUCGUCGUGAGUAAGCCUUUCUUCAGAGGUUUGACUGCCACGUGUAGUAUCCUCGUUGCAAACACUUUUUAAUGAUGCCUCUAACACGCGUAUGGUGUGUCAUAGAGUAUUCGUUCGUCCUCUGUGAGAUCAUUAAAAAGAAUCAAUGCUUGCCUAUGGUACACAACUGUAUCUGAAACAGCGCUCUCCACUGUAUCGCAUUGCAGGGUAUUAUUCACAACACCUCAGUUUUUUUUGCCACAGAUUGCUUGCCAGUCACUUCUGUAGACACACGCUCGAGCAGGCGGUGCGAAACCUCACUGUUCAUUUUUCUAAUCAAUCAUGCUCCGUUUUUCCGACAAUUGGGGGAGUUUUGAACGCUGGCGGAAUACGUGUUGCUACGUUUGGACUUGUGCUGGGACCACUUCAGCACGUUAAUCAGGGGACCGUCAAGCAGAUCCUUGCUCUAGAUGUGCCUAUGAGAAGGAGGAACUUUCAUGUGGUGCAACGGGGCGUUUAAGCUGUAUCAAAAGCGUCACAGGAAGUGCUGCCAAACCCGGAAUGCUUACAGUACUUGACACCUUGAAACUGUGUAUGUGGUGAAGCGGCGACGAGAAACCGAGAGUGCUUUUGGCUUGCGCUUCUGAGUGGUGAAGUGGAGGAGCCUUGAGCUUUCUAGGCCGUGGUCGCUCUCUCGUGGCUUUCUGAUUCAGGCUGGAUACAGCACUCCGUCAUCGUGCCUGAACGGGAUUCUCCAUGAUCCACAACAGACGAGGAUGGCAGUGCACGCUUAUUGGUAUCAUAACGUCUUUUUCGAUGAAACACUGGAUGACGCUCUCAACCGCCGUCUCAACCUCUGUUAGAACCUCC